CAACAAAUUACGAAUAGGUAUGCACUAUGCAGGGCUGUAUGCCGUAGAGACUAGAGACGUACAGUGGAGUCAAGUCACGAUCGCUAGUCAUAAGUAGCGCCUUGCCCUCAAUCCGUGGAGAAACAACUCAACCUCUCCUCUUCGCGUUCCCCUGUUCUGCGUCGUUUUACAGCUCUUGAAAAAUGUUGUUCUUCUCCUAUUUCAAGGACUUGGUGGGCAGAGAAGUAACGGUGGAGCUCAAGAACGAUUUGGCUAUUAGAGGAACAUUGCACUCAGUGGACCAAUACCUUAACAUCAAGCUCGAGAACACUCGCGUCGUUGACCAAGACAAAUACCCUCACAUGCUUUCUGUAAGGAACUGCUUCAUCAGGGGGUCGGUGGUAAGAUAUGUGCAGUUACCUCCGGAAGGAGUGGACGUUGAACUUUUGCAUGAUGCCACAAGGAGAGAAGCUCGUGGUGGCUGAUUCAGUUAGUCAAUGUCUUCUAAUGAAUAUUUCAUGACUACAUGAUUGGGAUAUAAUCCACAAUAGUGAGGGGACUUUUGGCUGAGGGAGAGAUAUUCAUACGACUCUUUAGCACGGUUCAAUUUUACUGUAACAGAAUUUUUAACAUUCAGCUUUUACUCACCGUUGGGGCUUGUCGAGUUCUAUGUUGUUUAA